AAAUGGUUCGAGAGACCGGCUACUACGAUAUUCUCGGAGUGAGUCCGAAAGCUUCUGCGGAUGAAAUCAAAAAAGCGUAUCGAAAACUGGCCUUGAAAUUCCACCCGGACAAAAACCCGAACGAAGGCGAAAAAUUCAAACUCAUUUCACAAGCCUAUGAAGUCCUGUCAGAUCCCAAAAAGCGAGACCUGUAUGACCAAGGAGGUGAACAGGCCAUCAAAGAAGGAGGCAUGGGUGGAGGAGGUUUCUCCUCUCCUAUGGACAUCUUCAACAUGUUCUUUGGUGGUGGAGGAAGAACACAGAGAGAAAGGAAAGGGAAAAACGUGGUCCACCAACUUGGUGUCACACUUGAAGAAAUGUACAGUGGUUCCACAAGGAAACUUGGUCUCCAGAAGAAUGUGAUUUGUGAGAAAUGUGAUGGUUAUGGAGGAAAGAAAGGAACUCUUGAGAAAUGCACAAAUUGCAAAGGCAGAGGAGUUCAAAUCCAGGUACAACAGAUCGGCCCAGGUAUGAUUCAGCAGAUUCAGAGUAUGUGCUCAGAGUGCCAGGGACAAGGUGAGAGGUUCAGUGCCAAGGACAGAUGCAAGAACUGCAAUGGACACAAAGUGGAGCGCAAAAAGAAGAUUCUUGAGGUCCACAUUGACAAAGGUAUGAAAGAUGGCCAAAAAAUCACAUUCCAUGGAGAGGGUGAUCAGGAACCAGGGUUGGAUCCUGGUGACGUCAUCAUUGUCCUGGACCAAAAGGAGCACCCUGUAUUUCAGAGGCAAGAAGACAACCUGAUUAUGAAAAUGCAGAUAAAGCUAGUGGAGGCUCUCUGUGGGUUCAAGAAAACUAUACAGACACUAGACAACAGAACACUUGUCAUCAGCUCACCUCCAGGUAAAGUAAUAAAACAUAAUGACUUGAAGUGCAUUCAGAAUGAGGGCAUGCCUUUGUACAGAGAUCCGUACGAGAAAGGACUGCUCAUGGUUCAGUUUGAGGUUGAGUUUCCAGAAAAUUACUGGCUUCCAGAGAACAUGUUUUCCAAGCUGGAGGCACUGCUUCCCAAGCGAGAUGAGGUCAUGCUGACCGAUGAUAUGGAAGAGGUGGAUCUCUCGGAGGUAGACUAUGAAUCCCAGAGGAAGUACAACAGAGAAACAUAUGAAGAAGAUGAGGGACCCAGAAGCCAUGGAGUACAGUGUCAGACUCAGUAAAACUUCUAUUUAGUGCAUCUUUUGAUGCAGCUCCUUCUUCUGUGUAAAUUUGAUACCAGAAUCGUUAACUUUGUCUUUGUGAACAAGAUUUGAUUUGAUUUGAUCAAUACACUGAACCCAGAGAUUUCCCUUCUGUUGCAGCCUGUUGAAGAAAGUAAAUGAAAAGGACAGGUACAGACUUGAAGGGUAAUAUAUCAUGCAAGCCAACAUGGUGGAAACUGUGUUGCUUUGAAUGUGUUUCUGUGUGCAUUCUGUUUACUUUUAUGAACUCUAUCAUUUAUCUGUAACUGUAAUUUGUUUUUUUGUCCCUCUUACAAAGCUCAAUACUGAAGAAGGGUAUCUGUAUGCUUUCUAUGAAGGUAACACCCCUCACUUUUCACUUGUGUAUCAAUGGAAAACGUGUUUUCUGAAAUAAAACAGCCUUUAAUUCUA